CCGCUUCGUAUUAUCCUUUCUUUUCUUAUUUGUUUGUCUGCUUACUGAUUGUUUUAUCCCAUCCCUACGUGCAUUUUUUUCAUAUUUAUCUGCUCAAGUCUUUUAUCUGUUUUUAUAUGCCUAUGACGAGAUUAUGAUUUUUGAAUUGAUGAAUGAUUCCACAAUUUGCAAAGGGAUUGGUUGCUGUUUUUUGUGAGAACCAAUUUCUUUCUUAUUUUCUGCCACUGCUGGCAGAAACCAACCUGAGUUUUAACUUGGAAUUGUUUGAUUGGGCAAUGGAUGUAGAGGGUAUGGAAGGUUACAGGCCUCCCCCAGAAUUUGAAGAAGAUACCAAUGGCCCACUUAUUGAUCUUAACUUGACGGACUCCAGGGAGCUCUGGCUCAUUCAGUUGCCUUCCGGUAAAGAUUUAUUAACUGACAUUGAAGGGCAGGAAUUGUCUCUCAAGCUUCAUGGUGAUGGCCAACUGUCAAGCUUUGAGGGUUCAUCUGGGAAAGUGUACGAUUUUAUCAGCUUUGAUACUCAAGAGGCUGACGAAGUAGUGUUUAUUUCCUCUCCUGCUGAAGAGCCAAAAAUUGGAAAGGUAUGCCGGCGGGUUUCUGUUGUCCAUUACCCUGAUCCUGAAGAACUUGAAAAGGUCAAUUCAAACAACCCCAGACGAAAUUCUUCUGGAACCAUGAUGACAACGUCUUCCCAAUAUUUUCCUAUGCACAGCGGUAAGCUGCAAAGUUCACGGUCUGGACGUGCAGCCUCAACUCAAGGUAGCAGACCUAGAAGCUCUGUAUCUGAAGUUGGUGAACCAUCAAAUACUUCAAAAAGAAGACGUACAGCUGGAUCUGAAGACCGCGCACCUGAGCUCUCUCGUGGUCAUAGCUCUGGUAUCUCCUCAGCAUCCUCUGGCCAGUCCCCUGGAGGAAAGUCAAAGAGAAGAUGCAAAGACGAGGAGUAGGGAUUUCUUCACUCCUCACGGCUGUCUGUAUUCUUAGAAUUAUAGGUUAUUGUUUUUGAUUCUUAAGCAAUUAAAGCCGUCUGUUACCCUCUUUGCACCUGGCUUUCGAAGCCAUUUUUCUAAUAUUUCAUAAAAACAUGUAGUAACAUGCUUAAUUCUGCAACCCAGUGAUGAUUAAUGGAAGUCAUUCGUUCGCUGUU